AUGGCAGUUUCAGGAAGAGGACAAAAUGAUCAAAAUCUAGAUGGUUCCAAGUUGAAGAUCGCCAUUGUUCAUGCCAGAUGGAAUGAAGAGGUUAUCGACUCUUUGGUGAUCGGAUGUAUCAAUAGAUUAAAAGAACUCGGAGUUAAGGAGGAGAAUAUUAUCGUUGAUACGGUCCCUGGAUCGUUUGAAUUGCCUAUGGGAUCUGCCGCCGUGGCUGUAAAUGCCAGUAUUGAUGCUGUAAUCUCAAUUGGUGUCCUAAUCAAGGGUUCCACUAUGCAUUUUGAAUACAUUAGCCAAUCGGUGACUAAUCAGCUUAUGGAUCUCCAGUUCAAAAUGGGUAAGCCUGUGAUCUUUGGACUUCUAACAUGUUUAACGUUAGAACAAGCAAAGUUAAGAGCUGGAAUGGUUCCUGGUGCGAUGCACAACCAUGGCGUUGAUUGGGCAGAAUGUGCUGUCGAGAUGGCUUCUAAAUAUGGCCAGGAUUUCAGGACAGCUACGUGGAAAUAG